ACGUGCCGAACGACAACAAAUACUUUGUGUUGCGUUAUUCUCUGUGAGUCGAGAUUGUCCCGGUGAUCUCUAUAUCUUGGACAAUUUAAUUAAAAAUGACGGAAUCGUUACAAGACACAGCCAAGAAAUUAAUACAAGCCGUGGAAACGGUUAUGAACCCAGAAGUUCCCCAACAUGAGAGACUUCAAGCUCACCAGAUUGUAGAGAACUUUAGGGAAUCAUCCACAGUCUGCGCACAAUGUGGGAUUUUCCUUGCCGAAAAAACACAUUCACACAUCAUCCGACAUUUUGGCCUGCAACUCAUAGAGCAUUGCAUCAAAUUUCGUUGGAAUAGCAUUAGCCAGGAAGAGAAAGUAUUUAUAAAAGAAAACACGAUGAGGCUUCUUUCUACGGGAACGUCGGACUUAAUAACAGAGUAUAGUCACAUCAAGGAUGGUCUGUCUAAGCUUGUGGUUGAGAUGAUCAAGCGGGAGUGGCCGCAGCAAUGGCCAUCGUUGUUGAGUGAACUGAAUGAAAUCUGCCAACAGGGUGAGAGUCAGACAGAGCUGGUGCUGCUCAUCUUCCUGCGUCUUGUCGAGGACAUCGUCGCGUUUCAGAAUGUCGUCGGCAAGCGUCGCCGCGACCUCUACCAGGCGCUCACCUGCAGCAUGGCAGAGAUCUUUGCUUUCUUCCUCGGCGUGCUGAUGACACAGACCGAGAAGUACCAUGCUCACAAGCUCGGCACAGAGCCGGACUCUGACCAGAGGGCGCUGGUGCACUGCCGUGUCGCCCAGGCGGCGCUCAUGACGCUCGCCGGCUUUGUCGACUGGGUGCCGAUGUCGCACAUCUCUGCUGAGAACAACCAGCUGCUGCAGAUGCUGUGCCUGUUGCUAGGCGACGACCACCUCCAACUGUGCGCAGCCGAGUGUCUGCUGCUGCUCGUCUCCCGCAAGGGAAAGGUGGAAGACAGGAAGCCGCUGCUGAUCUUGUUCAGCGAGGAUGCGAUGAACACGGUUCUGUGCGCGGCUCGCUCUGCCGCGAUGAAGGCACUUGACGAGCAAAACUACCUGUUUCUGAAGCGGCUCUGUCAAGUUCUCACCAGCAUCGGCAGUCAGCUGUGUGCGCUGUGGGGUUUUAGUGAAGAUGUGCAUCAGCCGCAGAAUUUUGCUAAAUAUCUCGAUGCGAUAUUGGAGUUCACCAACCAUCCUAGUCAGACAUUGAGUGGCUACACACUGUCGUUGUGGAGUUCAUUCUUCAGACACGAGUUCAUCUCCAAGGAUCCUGUGCUUCUCUCAGUACUCCCGAAAGUGGUUGAAUCGGCCACCCACAAUCUGAUCCGGGUUGGAUUUCCAUCUCAGAGUAACUCACCCGCCUGCAGCUACGCUAGUCUCGACUUUGACAGCGACGAUGACUUUAACCAGUUCUUUGCAAGGUUCCGUGCCGAGGCGGCCGAGAUGCUGCGCCUUGCGACACUGCUGCAUCCGCAGGUGACCUUUGACCUAGCGGCGCGCUGGCUGGAGACGCAGCUGCAGAAGCCGAUAGACAUAGGCGAAGGUGCAGAUUCGGAUAACGGCGGAUCGGAAUCCGGCAUGUGUUCGUACAGCUCGCCGACGUUCCUGGAGUGGGACGCGCUGACCGUGUUCCUGGAGAGCGUGAUGAGUCGCAUCCUGUCGUCGGACAAGGAGAAGCCUGCUGCCGAGCGCGGCAUCCUGCUGCUGAAGAGUGUGCUGCUAUACGAUACACAGCCGGCAUUCGACCACCUCUACAGUCACAUCAAGCAGAUCAGCCGGGACCCAGAUCAGCUGUCACAGAUGGAGAAAUGCACCCUCAUGGAGGCUCUGAUCCUCAUCAGCAAUCAGUUGAAGGACUUUUCACGGCAGCAGACAUUUAUCGAGGAGAUACUGGCACCAGUGCACAAGAUCUGGCUGGAUCCAGAGCUCAAACAGGUGUUCUGGUCAGUGGAGCGUUUUAUUUCAUAUAUCGGUCUAGAUAGGCAACCCGUGGAACCCAGCCAGGAUGACCAGAAUGGGAUCAACAGAUCUCAGAUUAUAUACUGCAUCAACACAAUCUUAGCUGUGAUAAAAAGGAGCAAGUGGCCAGACGAUGCAGAGGAAGCCAAGGCGGGAGCGUUUGUGAUCGGAACGAGUGAUAGUGGCGCCCCCAUAUUACGCAAUCCUGCAUCGUCACACAUCAUGCCCCUCAUGCAGAAUAUGCUGGGACUUCUCAGCUCUUUCAAUCGGAUGUGGGUGCCAGAAUUCCUGGGUCGGAGGUCGCCGGAGUUCGGGCACGCCUACGAGCUUCCCGAGACGGAGAAGAUGGCGCUACUGGGCAUCACGCCUCCGUGCAGCGACCAGCUGGACACAAUCUCAAUGAAGCAUCCGCUUGAGCGCAUGCAGACGUUCCUCACGAACGUGCACGACAACGGUUGUUUGGCUGCUUGUGUCAGCAGUCUUGUUGGUAGAUGUAGGUCUGAUUCUCGUGUAUUUAUUGUAAAUGCACACUUGUAUUUUAACUGCUGUCACGAUGUACGUUACGUGCUGUAUUUCCAGAUUAUAUACUGCAUCAACACAAUCUUAGCUGUGAUAAAAAGGAGCAAGUGGCCAGACGAUGCAGAGGAAGCCAAGGCGGGAGCGUUUGUGAUCGGAACGAGUGAUAGUGGCGCCCCCAUAUUACGCAAUCCUGCAUCGUCACACAUCAUGCCCCUCAUGCAGAAUAUGCUGGGACUUCUCAGCUCUUUCAAUCGGAUGUGGGUGCCAGAAUUCCUGGGUCGGAGGUCGCCGGAGUUCGGGCACGCCUACGAGCUUCCCGAGACGGAGAAGAUGGCGCUACUGGGCAUCACGCCUCCGUGCAGCGACCAGCUGGACACAAUCUCAAUGAAGCAUCCGCUUGAGCGCAUGCAGACGUUCCUCACGAACGUGCACGACAACGGGUAUCAUAUACUAGGUAACGCGGGAUCAAGUCUGGGAUUCCAGUUCUACAGUACGGAAGGACUUGCUGACCUGCUACUGGGAACCGUCUUCACAAGUCUCGACUCAAUCCCCGACUACAGACUCAGACCCAUCAUUCGGAUCUUCCUGAAGCCCUUUGUGCAGCACUGCCCUAAGGAGUGCUACAGCAAGGUGUUGCUGCCUGUGCUCUGUGUUGUCUGCCCGUACCUGCUACACAGGCUCAGCGGAAAAUGGCAGGCGAUCAACCAGCGCUAUGAGACGAGUGGCGACAAUGAAGAUGACAUGCCUGAAUCACAGGAAGUUCUUGAGGACCAAAUCAUACGGCAGUUAACUCGUGACUACAUUGAUUUCAUAGGUGUCAUGUGUCAGAACAGGAAGACUCCAGACCCGGCUAACUGUGAGAUGCUGGAGGAGGAUGCUGCAACAGUGACUCCCGCUCACGACGACAGCCUGUCCGAUCUAGGACUGCUGAUUGCGCACACCGAGACCAUUGGUUCGCCUGUGAUACUAUUUGUCUUCUAUGCGCUGUGUGUGAAUGAUGCGACCACAUGUAAUAAGACAGUGCCACUCUGCUGGCCGCUACUCAAACAGUGUCUCGUGGACCGGAGUCUGUCAGCAGAUGGCGCCAUGAAUCUCCUGCGCUACGUCAUCCUGGGUUUGCAGCAGCAUGGUCAGCAUGAAGCCUGCCAGUCCCAGCUGCUCGGCCUCGGUCUGCAAGCAUACGAGGGCAUGCGGCAGGUGUUUCCAGUGAUACGGACCCUGCUGCUCCAGAUUACCAGCUGUACUGAAGCUGCACUACAGGCGUUUGACGAGAAGUUGCUGCAGGCGAUGCCAACAAAGCAGCUGCCAGAAAAGAAGAAGAAAGACAUGUUCAAAAAACUCGUUAGUGAUAUCAUUGGGCACAACAUUGGACAACAGUUCCGGAAAGAGGUCCACAUCAGGAACCUUGCUCCGCUGUUCAAAUCCUCAAGACCGCGGGCGGCUCCCGUGCCGGAGGAAGAGAAGUACACGGGUUUAUGUGAGCUCUUCAAACCGCCAGUGUGACGCUAUAGGGGUUGACAAAGCGUGAGUUGACGCCCCCUCACAUUGUGCUAACACCUUGUUGCAAAGUCACCGAGUGCCAUGUGUCAUGUUACUUCAACCUCACUGUUGAGCUGAAGUCACACGUGACAGGAUGGCGUGUCUUAACAGAUGAAUUGUGUGAUAGGCAUGACUGUUCUGUUGUUUACCUCUGGUUGAAAUGCGUAAUACACGUGACCAUUCUGUUUUAGAUGCAGCUUGUUUAUGUUAUUGUUAUGCAGCAGCUAUGUGUUUAAGGCCUGAUACUGUGUAACGUUGUUUGAUCACUGUGCUUAGCUGCAGUUGAAAUUCUAUUUUACCUGACUGCUCUACUGUUUUAGCUGGAAUUUAUAUGCUUGAAACCCCAUUGCAUCUGACUGUUUUCGCUGCAAUUGAAACCCUAUUGUUCAUUGUUUUGGUUGCAAUUGAACCCCUUUUGUUCCCUGUUUUAGCUGCAGUUGAAAUAUAUAUUACAUUUAAAUCUUUGACAUUUUUCAAGAAUUUUUUGUAAUGAUUAUGAAUCACCUGCUGAUUUUAGUUGUGCCAGUUAUCCCUGAGUGAGUUUUAAACGUGAUUUAUCUAGAGGGUAACAAUGACGAUAGGCUAGCUUUUAAGUCGGCACGAUUUUUCAUCUCUAAUCUUGUUCUUUGACAUUGAGAUUAGGUAGUGACAAUAAGAUCGUUAUCUGCGUUGGGAUCGUAAGUCUUCGUAUCUCGCAGGAGAUAAGGGCUUAGGAUGCUAGAACAUUCAUAAUUUGUUUUUGAGUAUUUGCGGUUGUAAGUGGGGAAAUCGGCCCCCAAGUUAAAGCAUCCGAGUUGUGGGUUGUGGGAUUUGGGUGGGAUAGAGUAGCAGAUUUAUUUUCUUGCUGAAAACCAUUUUUGUUUCAGAAGUUAUGUAUUUUUCGAUAGUGAUCUAAGUGUAUUGUAUUUCAUUUGUAAGUAGUAUCUUGUUUUUAGCAGAGCAGUUAGUUCAAGAGCGAUGAAACGUACCGUCUGUGGAUAUGCGAAGAUAUUGGGGUAUAACAUAAUAAGCAGGAGUAUUAUCCCAGUAAGCCUUUGGCCUUAGGAGAGGAAUGAAGUGUCUUUUCGUCAUUUGUGAUAAUCCGAAGGAAAUGGAUCGUUCGUACGUGGUUGAUAUCCGCGCUAUAUAGUCAUAAAAUAAAUACAAACAACAACCGAACAUUGAGGUCAGGGUUCGAGUAUUGGAUUGCACCCUCGUGACUUUAGUGAAAAGAGGGCUAAAUGUAGUUAUCACUGGGUGAUAUCUGUGAAGGCUAUGUGUGGCAUGACGUUCAGACGCUGAAGGGGUUAAAGUGAUUUCAUCAGUCUUUCAAUUAAUUGCCAAAAAGCUGUAGAUGGAGAAACACGCCCCUAUGGGGGGCUUUGGGGAUCCACGACUUCUCGUAAACUUUAAGAUUAAUGAAAAAACUAGUGUCAACUAAAAAAGAUUGCAGCACCUACAAAAUCACGGUAUGCAUGUCAUCAACGAACAUAUGCACAGAACUAUUCUUUUCCAUGCAUAUCUUCAGGAUAGAAUAAAUCUGCUGCUAUCUUUAUGUAGUGCAUAAUAAUAGCCUUGCUUUUUCCCUCGUGCUGGCCUGACUCUGUGCUGGCUGGUAGUGCCAAAUAGUUAAAGUCAUGUAUCUGUUACUGCAUUCAGCGCUAUUCUAAUAGUUGAAGUAUAUGCGUGAUAACUUCAGAGAGGUUCUGCAGAUGUAACAGUCUCUAACCACAUUUCAAAACUACGUUUUUAUUUUCAUUUGUGUGCGCGCGCGUGCGUGCGUGCACGCGCGUGUGUAUUGUAUUAGACCUUUAUCAGAGUAUUAUAAAUAUGGUAGUCAGGUAGUCAGGGUAUCGCGGAGGCAUACUUAUAUGAAAUUUAACUGCAUUGCGGUUACAACCGGGCAGUGGACGACGCUCACGCAUUUAUACGUCCAGUUACACCGAGAUUAAUCAAUAGAUUACGCUGACAUUGUACGCGUGUUUCUAUAGCACGAUCAUAGAAAAAUGAGCACACUGUGUCAAUGUUGAGUUUGUGAAAAUAUUCUUCGACAUUAUUUGAAACAUUUGUAUUGUACAGUAGCCUUGCACAAAUGUUUGUAAUAACCCGAUUUACUACCGUGAAAUCGUGUGUAAUAUGUCAAGUGCUUAUCGUUUAUUUCCUAGCUAUCAUAAUCAAAUGGUUUCCAUGUCUUCACAUUUUAGAAUGGCAUAUAUAUAUAUAUAUAAAUCUUGUCUAGAAUAAAGUGAGGUAUGCAUAUCAGUAUAUACAUAUAUAAAGCUUAGUGUUGUAUUAAAAAUAACUCAGUUAACGCCUAUGUGCCCUGCAGAGCGACAGGCAGGCUGGCAGGCAGACAGACAGAGGGAGAGAGAGAGAUUGCGCGCGCGCGGACGUUUCUUCUGUUGAUUAGUUGAAAAGUUACAAUUAACAUUGUAAAAUAACCGAAAGAUAUUUUCCAAAUGUGAACAUGAACAAAAGUUAUUUUAUGUAAUAAUGCAAACGUCAUUUUAUUUCACUAAUAAUCAGUUCGAAAGUUAUAACAAAUGAUAUUAAUAAAUACGGUGCCAUAGUAGUCAGAUAUAACAUUUAUACUUGGCAGCGAUUUACUAUGAUA